AGAUCCUGUGGGGUGGCUGUGAUCGCAACAAUGUUUUCCGUCAAAUAAAGCAAUUCCUAAUUAAUAAUUUUGUUAGUCGAUAUAAAAAUGUGUCUUAAUAUGUUCGAAAAGAAAUAUAAAUUCGCGAGUGAAUAUCAGAGCGGAUUAACCUCAAAUAUAAAAAACGUAAAUGUAUAAUACAAGGAGUUGCGCCAAAAGACGUUCUCUUAAUGCCGGGAAAAUUCCUCAUUCGUUCAAUAAACCCACCGAACUGAAGAAACAGAAUAAGGUUAAGAAAGGCUCUCGACUUUUGGGCGCCUUUAAUUACAAUAAACCCUUUCAAAAAAGCGCCAGAAAGGGCAAUAUUGGAUGCAAUCUCACAUCGCAGAAGUCUCCUGUUUCCUCUUCAUUUUUUACUAGAGGCUUCAAAUCACUAGUGGCUCGAAAGAAUAAGGCAGCAGGUCAAACGAACGAGUUUAACGAAAAAUACGACAAAAUAUUAAACGAAAAUCUUGAAGGUCUUUUGCAGUCUGCCGAAAACCUUAACGACAUAAACUUCGAAGAAAUUUACGACCCUACGAGACCACAGCUAUCGGCACAUUUCGUUAAUUUGUUUAAUAAAAACCAGGACAAUAACAAGGAAGGUGAAAUUUUAAGGGACUGCUUUUCAAAGAUACUUUCUGUUGCUGAGGAACAUCAAGAAACAGAAAACUGUAAUGAAAGUGUCUUCAAAGAAAUCAACUACAAAUACGAUGAGUUGCGUUUAGAAAAUAAUACACAAAGUGAUCCUGAGGAAAGUUUUGCCGAGGAAGCGGAAUUAUAUUCAAGGAACAAUACAGUAAACGCUGAUUUUUGUAGAUUACUACAGUCACAAUUGGUGGGUUUUGAAGGAGACUCUGCAGUGUCAAGAACGAUUUCAAAAAUACAGCUUAUUCUAGACAGUUUACAGUCUAACAACGAAGAGGAAACAUCAAAAAUGACCGAACUGAAUAAACAAUUGGUUAACAAAUGCAACUGUGAUGAGGCGUCCGAAGACAACGCGAAUCUCCAACUGGUUCCACCCUCUUCGUGGGUCUUUCGCACUCCCAAUGACCAGAAAUUAAAGCAAUUGCCUGCUGAUGAGCCCAUUUUAGACUUACUAAAACCCGCAAUAUUACAAACAAGUGAUGAAACGAAAGUCUUGUACGAAAUCGACGAAAACGUAGUCAAACACGUAAACCUCGAAAACUACGUGGGACAAAAACGCAUGGUUCCUAUAAAUCCCUACAUGACAAAACAGGUGUGCGAGGUAAAUUUAUCGACAGACGAUCACGAAGACGAAAAGUUCGUGUCUUGCAAGAACAAGGACAGCUGGCAGGACAUAAUAAAGAAUUACCACGACGAUACAUUGUCUUUUAAGAUGCCUCUGAGCAAGCCCCAUGGCGUGCAUCGUGCAGUCUUCAGAGACACCACAAAUUUAGUCAGAGAAGUCACCGAUCCAAAUAAACGGCAUUCCGCUGGGUUCCCCCGGUUCGUGACCGAUAAUGUAGCGUCAUCUAGCGGCGCAAGUAACAAAGUUUCUCCCUAUAGUAGCAGCAACAAAAAGGAAAAUAGUCGUCCGUUUUACACACAACGCCCGAUAAAAACAAUCAAAAAGUCGUGUAGGUCAUUCAAGAAACCUCCGAAAAAGUUAACAUUCGACUUUGAGAGCAAACGGCAAAAGUUGUCCCUGUUCGACAACGACAAAUCCCCUGACGUGUACAAUCUGGACGAGAGUCAGGAAGCUUUCAAUGAAAGUUUCACAUUUAUUAAAACGGACGCGGGAGCUGCAAUGGACAUAGACUGUUCCUUAACCGAAAACUAUUAUGGAAAUAACGCGACAGUAACAGCAAGUCCUUUGGAUGUGGAAAUGGACACGGCGGGGGCCAAUUAUGCAACCGGUGGUGGCGCCAAUUUGUACGCGUCCGAAGUCUCUUACAACUUGAACGAACACUUUCUCAAUAACUACUCAAAAAUAACCGAAACUCCAACGUUUAAACUCUAUCCCAGACAGAAUUAUGACGCUGAAUGAAUUAUGUGUGUGAUUCAGGUAUAUUUGUGUAGUUAGUACGAAGAGGCAAAUUGGUUCGGUUAAUAGUACAAUAUUAUUGUACAUAAUAACUGCAGCGUAUGGUGCAAUUGAUUUGAUUAAUUAAUUAACGAGAAGAACAGAACAAAAAUGGUACCAGUGAUAGUUUGUUUGUUGGUGGGACAACUUUUCUAGAUGGACAAGUACGGGUAUGUACUUCGUAUCUCUGCUGCUUCUGAACCAAUCACUAAUGAAUAUUGUGAUACCUACACACACGACACAUGAUAUUGUAUCAAUUGUUAAGUGUUAUUAGCUUAUUUUAAAGAAUUCACGAACUGUUUGUUCAUUUUCGUUUUCUUUGUUUUUCUUUCACUUGUUGAACAAGCAUUCUUUCGUCAAGUCAUCAUUACCUUGUGGUAAAUAAUAAUAUACGUGUGAUAUUAGGAAAAAAUCCAAUUUUUUAAAGUAAGUUGUAGGUUUACAAAUAGUCGAUAAGCAAUUUUCUUUGUAACGACUGCAAUCCAACAUUUAAUUAUGUAUAAAUUGCUUCUCUCCAAUGAUUCCUUCGUUAGAAUUAACGCUAUCGUAAUAAAUUUUUGGGUACACAGUUAUUUUUAAGUUAAUUUGUAUUAGGCUUUCAUUUUUCUGUCGAUGAAAUUUGUGCAAUUGUGUUCCUUUUCAUUAUUUACAUGGCAAAAUUCUGACAUUCACGAUACAUUUAUUACACUGUACUCGCUGUGUUUGGCUUGGGAGGGUGUACUGAAAAAAAUUGAUUCUAAAUUGUUUUGAAGACAAAAUAAUUAUUUUAUAAAUAGUUUUGUACUUAAACAGUAACAAUACGUACGUACGAUUUGAUUACAAUAUUCUCUUUUUUAAUUUAUGGCUGAAAUUAAUAUAGGUACUGUUUUUAUUUUUCACGUUGUAUGUUAUACAUGAUUGAGAAACUGAAGUAACCUCCUCAGAAUUGCAAUAUUUUUUGAUAAAUUAGACUUAUACAUACAUGAGACGAACUAUUUCUUGUUGUUAUAUUAUUAUGUAAUAUUUUUAAUAAAAACAAUGUACAUAUACGUAA